AUGUCAACAACAAACGUGAUUUGGCAUGAACAUCUUGAGGAAAUUUUCGGCAGUGUUCAAAAACUGUUAGUGAACGAUCAUUUGAAAGAUUGUACAAUCCUGUGCGAAGGACAAUCUUUCACAGCUCACCGAUUAUUGCUGAGUGCUUCGAGCCGUUAUUUCAAAAGUCUCUUCGCCCGAACACCGUCAAACCCAACAGUGGUGCUAAAAGAUGUCUCGCCCUACAUCUUUCAAAUUAUCCUGGACUUCGUGUAUCAUGGCCAGGCAGCUCUCAAAACCGAAGAUCUUCCAGCGAUCAUCAACGCCGCCCUCCAUCUGGAGUUCACCUCCGUGGCUCUGAUGGCCAAACGGAUGGAGAUUGAGAUCGAGCAUCCGACCUCGCAGCAGGAGAGUGCCCUACCGCAGGACCUAACGUACAACCCGAGGUGUCUUGGGUCCUCUAUAGGCCAUCAGCCUCCAGCAGCUACCAACACCGAACCGGCCGAAGCCGAUCUCAUCACCGCUGGAGCUGCGCUUGUCAACCAACAGCCGUCCACAGUGGUCGGUGCCAGCAGUGCUGCGCCCUAUUUGAAGCAUGAAUCUGCAGACUGCUCGGACAACUCCGACAGCAGUGUCGAAACAAUGGUGCGCCUGGGCCAGAGAAGAAUCAACCCACUCGUUCGCAUCCCGAAGCAGUACAUGGCACCGGCCAAGCGAAAGCUGCCGGAAGUUUCACCGGGUGAGAAAUGGUUCCAGGGACGGCUAGAGUUCAUGCUGAGUCAACGGGGCAAACCACUCCUGGUACACGACGGCCACUCAUUCGGCAUCCAGUACAUCCGCAAGGACAAGAAGUACUGGCAAUGCAACCUCUCGCGCAAGUACAACUGCAAGGCGCGCGUUACUACAACUGACACCGGCGAUAUCAUCGUGACGAACAACGAGCACUGCCACACCGAGAUCCGGCAGCACCUGCGCAAGGACUACAAGACGAUGAAGCUUGCGGCCUCUCUAGCAGCCAACCGGGGCACGUUCGGUCUGUCCACGUUACCUAUGUUCUCGCCAAGAACACUAGUGCUACCCAGUCUACACGGUGAAUUCGUGGAAUGCAGCAACUCCGAGUCGGGCGAACAGCUCCAUGCCAGCCCGGCAGCGCUUCAUCCCGCAGGUGAACAAUCACCUGGUCAGUCUGAACUGGGCAGUCUCAACCUCUCGAUGGACAGUUGGGUGAUAAAGCGGGAAUCGAGCAACUGCAGCGAGUAA